AUGGGAGGAACACAAUCCAAAGAACCUAUCGCUGGCGAGAAGCUGUUGAUUGAGCGUCUUCGAGCUCUCGAGGUCAAAGACGAUAACGAAUACGUCCACGUUGAUGAAAAGGCGGUUGUUGGAACAACGAAGAAAUUCAAAGCACCAUGGGCUGCAGUGUCUGUCAGUGAUAUCGAGCAUUGGGAACAUGAGCUCUUCCAAGAUCCAAAGAACAGACUUGCACUCUCUGCAUUGAGCUCCGCGGACCCCAAGACAGUCCUCACCUCUCGCUCUACGCAAAUCGAUGAUCAGCAAGUAUUCAACGUCAAGAUUCCCUUCGAAGGAGCUCCCAUAACGAACCAACGAUCAUCAGGACGAUGCUGGCUUUUUGCAUCAACCAACGUCUUCCGCGUUGCGUUGAUGAAGCGACACUCUCUCGAUAAAUUCGAACUAUCACAGGCAUACCUCUUCUUCUACGAUAAAUUAGAGAAGGCCAACUUCUUCCUUGAGCAGAUCCUCGAUACCGUGAAUGAGCCCCUCGAUACUCGACUUGUGCAGACGCUGUUGGGAUCACCUGUAUCGGAUGGCGGACAAUGGGAUAUGGUUUAUAAUUUGGUCAACAAAUACGGUCUUGUGCCGCAGGUCCUGUACCCUGAUAGCUUUAACGCUCAGAACUCCGGUGCUAUCAAUUCGAUAAUCACAACCAAGCUCCGAGAAGAUGCUCUUCAACUCCGAGCCAUGGCUACAUCUGGCACCAAGGCAGGAAUGGAGAUCGCAGCAGCAAAGGAGAAGAUGAUGCGAGAGAUCCACCUUAUUUUGACCCUCACCUUGGGUCCACCACCAGCACCUUCCACCGAAUUUACCUGGAACUACAUCGAUAAGAAUGGUUUCACCAAAAUACUGAAGACCACACCUCUCGAUUUCGCCGCAGAACUCUCAACCCCGAAAUCAAUACGCAUCACCAACUCCACCGUCCACGACAUGUUCUCCCUCGUCAACGAUCCCCGCAAUGAAUACAACACUCUCCUCACCGUCUCUCGCCUCGGGAACAUCGUCGGUGGUCGCGGAAUCACCUACGUCAACGUAACAAUGGACGUUCUGAAAGAAGCCUGCAUCAAAAUGCUCAAAGAAGGCCUCCCAAUCUUCUUCGGGUCAGAUGUUGGAAAGUAUUCGAACAGCCAAUCUGGAAUCAUGGACCCAUCUCUCAUCGAUUACGAGCUGGGCUUUAACGUCAGACUCGGGAUGUCCAAAUCACAGAGACUCAUGACUGGAGAGAGCGCCAUGACGCAUGCGAUGGUGUUGACGGCUGUGCAUGUCGUUGAUGGGCAGCCUGUGAGAUGGAGAGUGCAGAACUCUUGGGGCACGACGGCGGGGACGGAGGGAUGGUUCGUCAUGAGUGAUAAGUGGAUGGACGAGUUUGUCUACCAGGCUGUGGUGGAGCCAAGAUUCGUUAGCAAGGAGAUCAGAGAUAUCCUAGAUAUGAAGCCGAAGGUGCUACCGCUUUGGGAUCCAAUGGGUGCGCUGGCUUAG